AUGACCCUCAUCAGAGAAGGAACGUGGCGUGGCGUUCAACCGUUCGAAAACCAGGAAGUGGAUCCGGAAAUGAGCGAACAGGAGCUGGCGACGAUUUGCCUGUCGUUAGAGAAGAACAACUACAGCAUCCUGCAGAAGGCAACCGGCGCGAGAGACGCAUGGGAUCGCUCCCAUGUCAGAGGGCGUUCCAAGAUAACGGUCUUCUUCGAAGGUCAUGGUUCCAUUGAAUACUACGUGGACGAACUGGUGACAACGGCGAAUAAUCUUUGCGAGAUCGGAUUUGAGGUGAACGACCAGUGGCUUGGGUCGUUGCCACUCAAGGGGCUCCCAUCGUAUUACAGUCUAAUGAUUAUGGGACUCCAGCACCUGGGAUUGAACUUACAGGUUCUACAGGAUGUCAAGUGGCCGAUAGAUGGCGCUCAAAUCGAAGAAGCACUUUUCACGAAGCAGAAGCAAAGGCGACCGAACAGCGGCGUUGGAUUCAAGAGAGAAAAACGGUGUUUUUCUUGCGGAGGUCUUGGCCAUUUCGCUGCUGAUUGUCCCCAGCAGGUGAAGCAAAGCAACAAAACGAAAUCGAAGAAAGCUCUGGUUGCUAUGUUGGCCGUUCGAAAAGCAAGUUGUCACAUGGCGAGGAGCACAGCGAACUUCAAGAGGUUGGAGACUUACGAACAAUCGGUGGACACGGCGAACAACCAAAGCAUGAUGUCAGACGCCAAAGGGUUGGUGAAUCUCGAACUAGCAGAAGGACCAAUCGAAUUUCGAGAUGUGGUGCUUGUUCCAGAUUUGGCAACCAAUCUUCUCUCAAUCGGCUGCAAGGUGGAAGACGACGACAACGGCGCAAUUAUUGCAUCCGGUACUGAAGUCGACGGUCUGUACAAAUUGAAUCGCAAGCAUGGUGAUGAGAUGUCGUUUUUAACAACUGAAGCAAGUAUCUGGCACCGACGGCUUGGUCAUCUGAACCAGAAAAGUAUGCGGAAGCUCGAAAGCAUGACCAAAUGGAGUUUCCGAACGGAUGAUCCGAACACUCGUCGAGAAGGCCAGGAAAAUGAUGAACGAUGCCGGGUUGGACAAACGUUUUUGAGCGGAGGCCGUGUCAACCACGGCAUACUUGGUCAACCGAAGUCCUGUCAGUCAACUGGAAUCGAUGACUCCUGA